AUGACCAUGCCCACUCCCGCAGUUCCGCACCGCUUACUAAGGGCCUUCUCGUUCGCCCCGCGCCAGCCGAGCCAGCCGGGCGCCGGGCCCGACUCCCCAGCAUCGAGCCCAGAAUUCGAAAUCGAAAUCGAAUUGGAUCUGCUGGCCCCACAAGGAGAGGAUGGAGCCGCACAUGCAGAUCAUCGACCUGCAGACUGCCAGCAAAUCUCGAUGCGACGACGUGUCACAACGCAGCUGUCAACGUCGCCCGAUGCACUAGAAUCACCAGCCUGCACCCCGUCAUCUUCACCAACAACCUCUCCCACUCCCCAAUUUCCCUGGCAUUCGCAGCCUGCCGCACACUUUCGCAGGCACAGGCGCAGCGGCUCCAUCACUAGCGUUGUCUCAGACGCGUCUUCUUUGUCAACAAUAUCAGAGACAGGGAGCAGCCGGGGCCCGCGUCAGAACACCAGGAGGAAGUCGCAGCGGGAAGCAGAAGCAGAAUCUGUCUGGAGAGACUUCUGGUGCUGA